AUGGCCACCACCACCAAGAUCGUUGACAUGGAGACAAUCUGCAACAACGUCCACAACAUCACCGAUCACUUUUUGGAGGAGAUGAACAAGUUCCUUGAUCAGCAAUGCCAAAUCCCUCCAUCAAAUCCAAUUCAACUGGAGAAGAUCACACCAACACUCAGCAGGUUCGACACCAAAAUCAGCCCUACUUUUGCUCCUACAGAUGCGUCUAAGGAGUCUUCAGAUGGAACCUCCUCGGUCACCAAGCACGGCACCAACUCCACAAAUGAGAUCACCGCCGAGGGAACCACGCACGACAACAGCAGGUUUGUUCCUUAG